UUUGUUUAGACAUGGCGGUCUAUUCAUCGCCGGGUUUGCGUGCCGACGCUACGGAAACGAUCGCGAAACUCGCCGAAGAUUACUGGGUGCCCCACAACAAAUCGUCAUGGCUGCAGUACGAUCCCCAGGUAAUCGUAGACGUCUACAAGAAAGAGAUCCUCGGCUCCGGAUUCGCGAUCCGUAAAGUCAUGCUUCUCGAGUUCAGCCAGUACCUCGAGAACUACCUGUGGUCCCACUACGAUCCGAAAAGCGCGUCUUCGGCUCACCUCAUGUCCAUCGUCGUCAUGGUCAACGAAAAAUUUCGCGAACGCGUUCCCGCCUGGCAGACGUUCAUCAGCAAGCCCGAGCACUUUCCCGAGUUCUUCGGGAAAGUCAUGGAGAGCGCGCUGGACGAAAACUUCACGUUCUCGCUACGGGAGCAAACUGCGCUUUUGGUCUUUCUUAUCCACUGCUUUAACAGCAUGGAGGUCAGUCUCAUCAGGGAGCAAAUCCAGCGGCUGGUCUCUCUCUCGGCAUGGCGAACCCUACUCCCGGAACGGCGGGAGUAUGAGUUCAGACGUUUUCCCAAGCUCAAGAAGUUUUGGGCGUAUAUCGAGAAGAACGACAAGAAACUGGACGAAGACGCCUACAAGAAAAUUGUGUACGAGCGCGAGUUCUUGUCGAAGCUCAUCAACCGUUUCUUCAAAUACCUGGAGUCUGUGCCGCCGACAAAGGACGUUCCCGAGCUAGACAAGCCUGCCAUGGAAGUUGUCCACUACUGCGAACGUUUCCUCGAGCUGAUGAUCGACCUUGAAGCCCUGCUUCCGACUCGGCGUUUUUUUAACACCAUCAUGGACAACACGCACCUGGUCGUCCAGUGCCGUCUGUCGGUUCUUGCGCAACGCAAGGAAGGCAGGCUUUUCAGCCAGCUUUUGGACAGACUCAACUUCUACUCGAGGUUCGAAAUCAGCGACCAAACCGGGGAGGAACUCAAAGACCACGACAUGAUGCAGAUCCACUACGACAGCAUCACGGCUCUCCAGAAGGCAGCCUUCAAGGGCUUUCCCGACCUCCGGCGCUUCGCGCUGUGCAACGUCGCCAACGUAGACACACGGGAAAAGUUGCUGAAUCACUUUGGCACUCUGCAGACGAAGGACCUGCACGCGAUCGCCGCUUCCCUCUUUCUCGUGCCCGCCCCAAAGUCCGACAGUGAGGGCUCCCCGUACAGCCACUCGUUCCUCAAGGAACUGCUCAUUUCGCGGCAUGAGAAGCGCCAGUCGCAGCUGGACAGCCUCAACGAGAUGCCACUCUACCCGACCGAGACAAUCAUCUGGGACGAGAAUGUUGUGCCUUCGGAGUACUUCUCCGGAGAAGGGUGCCUGGCGUUACCCAAGCUGAACCUCCAGUUUUUGACGCUUCACGAUUACCUUCUCCGUAACUUCCACCUGUUCCGACUCGAGUCGACCUACGAGAUCCGUCAGGACAUCGAGGACGCGAUUAGCCGUCUCAAGCCCUGGCAGACGGAGGACGGUGGUGUCAUGUUUGGGGGCUGGGCGAGGAUGGCGCAGGCCAUCGUCAACUUUGCAAUCGUUGAAGUCGGGAAGCCUAACAUCGGCGAAAAGCAGCCGUCAAAGGUGCGAGCCGACGUGACGGUUCACCUCAACGUCCGAAGGGAGAUCAAGGCCGAGUGGGAAGCGCUGAGGAAACAUGACGUCUGCUUCUUGAUCACCGUGCGGCCCGUCUGCACCCCUGGAACUCCCUACAACUACAAGGAACCGUUUGUCCCGCAGGUCGGGCUAACAUACGUCCGGGGCUGCGAGAUCGAGGGGCUGCUGGACCUGAACGGCAGAGUCAUCGAGGAAGGGCCAGAGCCAAAGCCAGUGCUUCCCGGAGACUCGAGGACCUACCGUGUCUGGAUGGACUGCAAUCAGUACAAGCUGGACAUGGACCGGAAUGUGAAAGGGACCGAGGACGUCUACGAAACGUUCAACAUCCUUAUGCGGAGGAAGCCGAAAGAGAACAAUUUUAAAGCGGUGCUCGAGACGAUACGGGACCUGAUGAACACGGAGUGUGUGGUGCCCGACUGGCUGCACGACAUCAUCCUCGGCUACGGCGAUCCGGGUGCGGCGCACUACUCCAAGAUGAGCAACCAGAUAGCGACGCUCAACUUCAACGACACAUUCCUGAACAUGGAUCACCUGAGGGCGAGCUUCGGCGAAAAAUGCGACAUCCAUGUUGACGUUGACGACCCCCGGAAACUCGAACCGCCGUUCAAGGUGACAUUCUGCGACGUGAAGCAGCAGCAGGUGGCUGCAAAGUCAAAGAAGCCAAAGGACAAACUGGAGGCCGAAGAAACCCGCAGUAAGGAAAAGAUUCUGGUGACUCCUCACGUCGCGAAGAGCAGGGGCCCAUACCCAAGCGAGAGGGCCAAGAAGAAUGCGGUGCCCUUCACGCCAACGCAAGUGGAGGCAAUCCGAGCUGGAAUGCAGCCGGGCUUGACCAUCAUCGUGGGCCCUCCUGGAACGGGAAAGACGGACGUGGCCGUGCAGAUAAUCUCGAACCUGUACCACAACUUCCCGGACCAGCGGACGCUGCUGGUGACGCACUCCAACCAGGCCCUCAACCAGCUCUUUGAGAAGAUCAUGAUGCUGGACAUGGACGAGCGGCAUCUACUGCGUCUAGGCCAUGGGGAGGAGGCACUGGAGACAGAGAAGGACUUCAGCCGCUACGGAAGGGUCAACUACGUCCUGGGCAAAAGACUGCAGCUCCUCGAGGAGGUCAGCCGUCUGCAGGAGAGCCUGGGAGUCACAGGAGAUGUUUCGUAUACUUGUGAGACUGCUGGCUACUUCUACUUGUAUCAGGUUUUGUCGCGCUGGGAAGAGUUUCUCAGCCGGGUGAAGCUGAGUGCUAACAGCAAGCAGACGCCACAAAGCAUCCAGGAGCACUUCCCAUUCGGCAAGUUCUUCAGCAACGCGCCUCAGCCGCUCUUCCACGGCAUCUCCUUUGAGGCCGACAUGGAGAAGGCAGAGAGCUGUUUCCGCUACAUCAAGGACAUAUUCGCCCAACUCGACGAGUUCCGGGCCUUCGAACUGCUCCGCAGCGGCCUUGAUCGGUCGCGGUACCUCUUGGUCAAGGAGGCCAAGGUCAUUGCCAUGACCUGCACCCACGCUGCCCUCAAGCGCCGGGAACUGGUGGAACUAGGCUUCAAGUAUGACAACAUCCUCAUGGAGGAGUCGGCACAGAUCCUGGAGAUUGAGACCUUCAUACCGCUGCUCCUGCAGACCCCUCAGGACGGCUACAACCGUCUCAAGCGCUGGAUCAUGAUCGGCGACCACCACCAGCUCCCACCCGUCGUCAAGAACAUGGCCUUCCAGAAGUACUGCAACAUGGAACAGUCGCUGUUCACGCGCUUUGUCCGCCUCGGUGUCCCCGUGGUUCAGUUGGACGGACAAGGGAGGUCAAGGCCAAGCCUGUGCGACCUCUACAAUUGGCGCUACAAGGAUCUGGGUAACCUGCCGCACGUCAUCGAGUGGCCGGAAUACCGCACGGGAAAUGCCGGAUUCUGCUUCGACUAUCAGCUCAUAGACGUGGGCGACUUCAAUGGGGUUGGGGAGUCCGAGCCCAAUCCUUACUUCUAUCAGAACCUGGCAGAGGCGGAGUAUGUGGUGGCCGUGUUCACGUACAUGCGCCUACUGGGUUACCCGGCGGAGCGCAUCUCGAUCCUGACGACCUACAAUGGCCAGAAGCACCUGAUCCGGGACGUGGUGCGCCAGCGCUGCCAGGACAACCCGCUGGUGGGCUGCCCGCUCAAGGUCACCACCGUGGACAAGUAUCAGGGCCAGCAAAACGACUACGUCCUCCUCUCGCUCGUGCGCACCCGUGCCGUGGGGCACCUGCGUGACGUCAGGCGCCUGGUGGUGGCCAUGUCCAGGGCCCGCCUAGGCCUCUACGUAUUUGCCCGGACGGCGCUCUUCCGGGACUGCUUCGAGCUGGGCCCCACCUUCAGUCUGCUGCUGCAGCGGCCCACCCAGCUCUGGCUGGCUCCAUGGGAGGCCCAUCCCACAAUGCGGCCCAACAGCGUUCCCCCGCAAGGAGAGCCCUUUGUGGUGACCGGCAUGACUCAGAUGGCGCAGUUUGUCUUUGACUUCUACCAGCAACGCGUCGAGGCCCUUACAGCACAGCUGAGGGCCCACAAGGCCGUCUACGAGAAGCCUGCCCUGGCAGCGCCGGCAAAGGAGAGACAGCCAGCCAUGGUUGCUUCCUCGGAGGCCAAACCGGCAAGUGAUUCCAAGGCCGAUGAAGCCGACAAAACCAUUCACGAGGAGCAGUCUGAGAAGCCCGAGGAAGGUGUAGCUGCGCAUCAUGAAGUGAGUUCUCAACAGCCUUCCGCAACCUCUGCUGCGGAGGAAACAAGGCCUGUGGAAGAAGCUGCCGCUCAACAGGAUCAGGAGAUGGAAAGUGAUUCAGAAGACAACACAACUUCAGCAAAGCCCAAGCAAUGAGCUCUUUGUUGUGUCUGUAUAUAGGCCUGUAAAUAAAUUUUUUAGACUUUCUGUA